AUGAAGCUCUCAACCGCGAGUGCCUUGGUCACCAGCCAGGCGGCCUACGCUGCCUCCGCCAUCGAUUACAACGCAGCUCCCCCAAACCUUUCGACUUUGGCCAAUGGCUCUCUGUAUGACACGUGGAGACCUAGAGCUCAUAUCCUCCCACCAAACGGCCGAAUUGGCGACCCGUGUGGUCAUUACACUGAUCCUGACACCGGUUUGUUCCACGUUGGCUUCCUGUACAAUGGCAGUGGUAUCGCAGGCGCUACGACCGAUGAUAUGGUCAGAUUCCGUGAUCUGAAUCCCAACGGAAGUCAAUUCAUCAUGCCUGGUGGCAAGAAUGAUCCUGUAGCGGUCUUUGAUGGCUCUGUAAUCCCUAAGGGAAUUGACGGCAAGCCCACCCUACUCUACACCUCCGUCACAUCACUCCCUAUCCAUUGGUCAAUCCCCUACAACCCAGGAGCCGAAACGCAAUCCUUGGCCGUCACAUCCAACGGCGGUCGCAAUUUUACCAAGCUCGAUCGUCCACCGGUCAUUCCCCUCCCUCCGUCCGACAGCGAUGUGACCGCUUUCCGUGACCCCUACGCUUUCCAAAGCCCGGAGCUGGACGCUGCCGCGGACAGCGCCCCGGGUACCUGGUACACAGCCAUCUCUGGUGGUGUCCACGAAGAUGGCCCUGGUCAGUUCCUCUAUCGUCAGGACCAGAAGGAAAUGAGCCUCGAGAGCUGGGAGUAUCUUGGCUUGUGGUGGCAGGAGAAGGUCAACACGACCUGGGGUAACGGCGACUGGGCAGGAGGAUGGGGCUUCAACUUCGAGACCGGUAACGUCUUCGGUCUGAACGAGGAAGGGUACAGCGUCGAUGGUGAGAUGUUCAUGACCUUGGGUACUGAGGGAUCCGGAACUCCUAUUGUGUCCCAGGUGUCAUCCAUUCACGAUAUGCUGUGGGCUGCUGGCAACGUCUCUAACAACGGAAAUGUCACUUUCACCCCAACUAUGGCCGGUGUCUUCGACUGGGGUGCUUCUGGCUAUGCUGCCGCUGGUCAUAUUCUGCCCGCAACUUCUCAGGUGUCCACAAAGAGUGGCGCCCCCGACCGUUUCAUCUCGUUUGUCUGGUUGACCGGAGACUUGUUCGAGCAGGCCAAGGGUUACCCCACUUCGCAACAAAACUGGGUUGGCACCCUUCUGCUUCCUCGCGAGCUGCACAUCAAGACCAUCUCAAACGUGGUUGAUAAUGAGCUUGCCCGGGAAGAGGGAUCAUCUUGGCGCGUAGAGCGUGGCCAGUCUGGCAUUGAGCUGAAGACCCUGGGAAUUGAUAUUGCUCGGGAGACGCGUGAAGCUCUCAUGUCUGGGCCGAAGAUCACUGAGCCCGAGCGCACAUCGAAGGAGGCUGGCCUCGUGCCUUUCCAGGUCUCCCCGACCACCAAGUUCCACGUCCUGACCGCCCAGCUGUCUUUCCCUCGCUCUGCCCGUAAUUCUGAUCUCCAGGCCGGAUUCCAAGUGCUGUCGUCUGACCUCGAAAGCACCACUAUCUACUACCAGUUCUCCAAUGAGUCAAUCAUCGUCGACCGCAGCAACACCAGUGCUGCCGCGAAGACCACCAAUGGAAUCGUCAGCACCAAUGAGUCUGGACGUCUCCGGUUGUUCGAUUUGCAGGGCGAUGCCCAGGAAAUUGAGACUCUGGACCUCACGGUCGUUGUGGAUAACUCUGUCCUCGAGAUCUAUGCCAAUGGACGUUUUGCCCUGAGUACUUGGGCUCGGUAUGUAUUCUGUGAUGGUCGACAACAAGGCAUUGGCUAA